CUCCCGCUCCGAGGACGGGGCCUGGGUAUCGCUGAGGGAGCCUCCGCCGACACCGUCGCGGCUCCUGCUGCAUCCUGCUACCGCCUCCAUUCUUCUCCUGCCGCCCAGCGUCACCGGCAGACCGGUAGAAGGGAGGAGAGGAUCAUCAUUCUCCGCCACCAACGGGCACCGCAGUAGCAGCGGCACUACUACUACCUCACGCACACUUCCAUGGCCGCUCCCACGCCGGCAAAGGCAACGGAAGUAACAGCAUCGGAAGCGCCAUCUUGCUGUACGGAGAACUUGCCCAAAACACAAGGGCGCCCACCGGCCAAAGAGUUCCGGUUUUUGUUCGGCGCGUGCGCGUUGCCAAAGAAUAAACCGAUUAUAGGCCGCGAAAAGGUGGCGGCGGGAAGAGGCAAAGAAGUAGCGGGGCUAGUAACGGCGCUUUUUUUCUUUUAGGAGGAGAAGGGGCUACUGCAGGAAGACAGAAUCGUCGCUAGCUUGAGGGGAGCAGCAUUCAGAGCCACUAUGCCGCGAGAGAUCAUCACUCUGCAGCUGGGACAAUGCGGCAAUCAAAUUGGCUUUGAAUUCUGGAAGCAGCUCUGUGCUGAACAUGGCAUUAGCCCUGAGGGCAUUGUGGAGGAGUUUGCCACUGAAGGCACUGACCGCAAAGAUGUCUUUUUCUACCAGGCAGAUGAUGAACACUAUAUCCCGCGAGCUGUUCUCCUAGACCUGGAGCCACGAGUGAUCCAUUCCAUUCUGAACUCUCCAUAUGCCAACCUGUACAACCCAGAAAAUAUAUACCUAUCUGAGCAUGGUGGUGGGGCUGGGAACAACUGGGCUAGUGGCUUUUCACAGGGAGAAAAGAUCCAUGAAGAUAUAUUUGACAUCAUAGACAGAGAAGCUGAUGGCAGUGACAGCUUGGAGGGUUUUGUGCUGUGCCAUUCUAUCGCAGGUGGGACUGGCUCUGGUUUGGGCUCUUACCUCCUGGAGAGAUUGAAUGACAGGUACCCCAAGAAGCUGGUGCAGACAUACUCGGUCUUCCCCAACCAGGACGAGAUGAGCGAUGUGGUGGUACAGCCGUACAACUCUCUCCUGACACUCAAGCGGCUGACACAAAAUGCUGACUGUGUGGUGGUCCUAGACAACACAGCUCUGAAUCGGAUUGCCACUGACAGACUGCAUAUCCAGAACCCCACCUUUUCCCAAAUUAACCAACUGGUCUCUACCAUCAUGUCUGCCAGCACCACCACUUUGCGCUACCCAGGCUACAUGAAUAAUGACUUGAUUGGACUGAUUGCCUCUCUCAUUCCCACUCCCAGACUGCACUUCCUGAUCACAGGCUAUACACCUCUCACCACAGACCAGUCUGUGGCCAGUGUGCGCAAAACUACAGUCCUUGAUGUGAUGCGACGACUACUGCAGCCCAAGAACGUCAUGGUGUCCAUGGGGCGUGACCGACAGACGAACCAUUGCUAUAUUGCCAUCCUUAACAUCAUCCAGGGAGAGGUGGAUCCCACCCAGGUCCAUAAGAGUCUGCAACGGAUCCGGGAGAGGAAAUUGGCCAACUUCAUUCCUUGGGGCCCAGCCAGCAUCCAAGUCGCACUUUCUAGGAAGUCUCCAUACUUGCCGUCAGCACACCGUGUCAGUGGUCUGAUGAUGGCUAAUCACACCAACAUCUCCUCGCUCUUCGAACGUACCUGCCAUCAAUAUGACAAACUACGUAAACGUGAAGCCUUCCUGGAGCAGUUCCGCAAGGAAGACAUAUUCAAGGAGAACUUUGAUGAGCUUGAUGACUCCCGCAAGAUUGUCCAGGAGCUAAUAGAUGAAUACCAUGCUGCCACUCGGCCUGACUACAUCUCUUGGGGCACGCAAGAGCAGUGAGUGGCUUUGUAAGCUGCCUAUCUACAGCCUGGCAUCUCUUCCUCCUGGAAUGAUGGAGAUUCUACAAAGUACACUGGCCCCUUUCUGUGACCCAUGGCGGGGGGGGGGGGGGGAGGCAACUCACAGGUGCCUGAACAAGGGAAGGAAUUCUUUGUGCUAUUUUAGCCCUAAUACUAGGAUCCUCCAUCACUUGUUGAGCUGCAACCUAAUGCCCCCAUUAUUGGGCCUGAAUGCCUCCUGUCCCCUUAAGGAACCUGGCUCUGUAUCUAGCAUUUCUCUUUAGAGCAGGUCUGGUUAGCGGCACUAUGAUACCCUAUUUUCCUGCUUGUUCCUUUUAAAGUUCUUAAUAUACUUGUUCCUCUACUAAGCUAUUUUCUUGUUGUACGUGUAUUUAGUUAAAUAUAUUCCGUUGCAGAUGGAAUAAGCACUAUUGUGGUUAAUGAAGAGAGAUGCCUGUAACCUUUUUAAAGUGAACUCAAAACCUGUUUCUGUGUAAAAUAUUAAGGCAUUCUUUAUUGUUCUCAGUUGCUAUGGGCAGUAAUUGUGCUGCAGGUACACACUGGGAUCUUGUGAGGAGAUACUAGACUAAUAAGCAGGGCUGAGCCUCUACCAUGGGAUUCAGCUUUUUUUCAGUGGAGACGUUCACACUGAUAAAGGGAAGAGUACAUGGCACCUGAGAGACAGGACCAUGGGAGGCCAGUAACAGAUGACAACAGAAAUUAUCCUUGUUUCUAAAGCGGCUGGACUAAAAAACAUUUGGCAGUGGUUUUCACCCCUUUUUCAUUUGGUUAGUAACGGAAUGGAUUUUGUGUGAUGGAAUGGAAUGGAUUUUGUGUGAUGGAUUGAUUGUGUGAUUGAUUUUGGUUUGUGGAAAGAAAGACUGUAUAGAGAAUGAAGAAAAUGCCCUAUGGCAAAAGGAUGGAUUUAAAUAUUAAGAGCAGGUGGAAGGGAUUAAGGAGUGCCUACUUUUGGUGGGAAGGAAUCUCUUUUCCUGGUAUAUACUUUAGUGUUUCAUAGAGAAGCAGGGGUUGCCAAUCUUUUUGGGCCCCUGAGAAGCAGCUGCAUAUGCACUACAAGCACACAUUUAUACUCUCUCCCCUCCAGUUAAGCAUGAAAAAAAAAUCUACCUUUUCUCAAGCCUAAUUUUUUGGCGUGUGUGGAAGUACUGAUCUUCUUGGAGAUUAUGAGUGAGAACAGAAUAACUUGCUUUUUGCAAGUCUUUAUUUCAGCAGGGAGCUGAGAUGCUGGCUGGUGGGGAAGGCCAUUUCAGACAUGUGUGCCUGUGCGUGCCACAUUAACAACCCAUGGUUUAAUUUCUAGGUAGGAUAAGGUUCAGGCUUGCAAGGAGAGCAAUACCACUAUCCCAUAAGCCUUUCCUAAUUCUGUGCGGGAGGGUCAGGCUCCAUGCACUUGCUUAGCAGGUAAGUGAGCCAUUCUACAUGUACUUGGAAUAUAAUAAAGCUGUUUCUUACUGGCUACAA